CCAAGUCGGCAAGUCCCACCCACUGCCUCCUUCUCUGUCCAAAUCGAUUGUAUAAGAAGGAAAAAGCUAUCGGUGAAAGGUUGGGCAGUCUCAUUUUCUGCAACGAGAGUUCGAUUAAAGAUUAAGGCAUGGAGAAAGGAUUGCGGGCGUAUGGAGAGGUAUUGAGACUAGUGAGGCGGUUACCCAAGGACACCAGGCCCUACUACUCUAAGUAUGUCAGGGAGAACUUCGUCAACUACAGAGACGUAGAUCCCAAUGACCCCAAUGCCCUCGACGAGCUCUUCAACAGGACCUACGUCCAUGCCACUUGGGUUCUCUCCAAGUAUUCGGUGAACGCAGCGGCUGCUGAUAAGCUGAAGGAGGUUUGCUGCAAUCACUAACGUUUGUGCCUGCCACAUGUUUGUUUAUAUUCCCAAAUAAGUACGCCAAACAUAAAUUUCGUUGAAUUUGUCUGUCAUGUUGGCUUUCUUCCUGAAUUCCCUACAGUUACUGGAAUAGUUUGAGAAUGUAGUUGAAGUUGUGAAUUGUGAUACACUUGUUGAUUCAGUUCCAUAUAGUAAUGCCUCAUCUAUUAGAACGUUGAACCUUUUAUGAUUGUUGG